UGUUAUGUUGAUUGAUUUUUGAGAAUGUUGCCACAAAAAUUACAUUGUAAAUAGCGAUUGUCAAUGACAGCUUCCAUGAAAUGUAAAUGUGGCUGGAACUUGCCUGGAUGUGUGUAAAUUCAACAACUCCAAAGAAGCUUAGCACUGCACCAUCCAAGAUAAUGUGGUCCACUUAACACCCCAUCCACCAUAGGGCCAGUAUGUUUCUCAUCUGGCCCAGCCAGAGGAAUAAGAGCAUCUGAUGCAAGCGAACACCACCACCUGCAGGUUCCCCUCACAUACCAGCCCUACUUGGAAAUGCCGCCAUUCCUUUCUUGUCUCUGAGUCUAAAUUUUGGUGCUUUCUGCUUAAUAGUACAUUGCAAUGAAAAUUGUUUAAAAAGUCAAACUACAGGUGCUGUAAAUCUGAUAUCAAAACAGAAGCUAAUGGAAAUGCUCAGCAAGUCGGAGAGUAGCUGUGGAAUGAAAUAACUAACGUUUCAGGUCCCAAUUCUGACCAAGGUCUCGGCCUGAACUGUUUCUCCACUGCCACUUCGCAACCUGCCUCAUGUUUCCAGCAUUUCCUGUUUUUAUUAACAUGGCGAGAACUCCUUCACCAGUGGUUCGAGCAGCGUACUCGCCACUACCUUCAUAAGGGGAAUUAGGAGUGAACAAUAAAAAAAACGCACUGAUUUCUCAUGGUGGAGGGCGAUAGACGUGCCCCCUCCGUCGUCCUCCUGUUCUCCCCAACCAAAAUAUAAACUGGUGAAAUCUGAACCUUGGACUGGACCCUUUCAAGAUCUGUGCAGAAUCAUCUAUUUUUUUAAAGAACUCAUAAAUUUCUUCAUUUGGUGAUUUGGAAAUCAGGUACAGAAUGUCACGAAAGGGGAUUAUGUUGUAAUAUGUGUACUGCUCCGCACAGGACAUUAUCCCGCUGCGUGAUGCAAGACAUUGUAAUCGAAUGUUUUUUUCUUGUAGUUUUCCAUUUGUAACGUUGCCCCAUCACCAGGUGCUUUUGUGUACCCUGACAAAAGGACAGUGCGAGUCACCGAGAGCUUCGAUUGUGAGUCGGGGUUGUUGGUUACGAGGUCAUGACACCUCAUCAUAAGUAUAACUUCGGUUUUCAAAAUGUAUCUGUUUCCAACUUAAAGCAGGGAAAUAUUAAUAUGAAAAUCACCAACUGACCAAAACUGCAAAUUUACUGUAUUAAACAUUGGCGUUACCCGUGAACUUCCCAGUCCUCAUACGGACGAGGGAUGGAGAAAUGAGCAACACAUUCCAAAACCUUCAAAAGAAGGACAUUUUCUUAUAUAGGGCCAAAUCUGGGUGAAACCGGGAACUGGAACCCUAACUGCGAUGAAGGUAGAAGACCAUAAAUGUUCAAUAUAUUUAUAAAUUAACCGGUCUUAAAUAACAUAAAAGAAUGUCAACCAGUGUUGUGGUGUCAAAUCUUCUGCUCAUAGAGUUUACAUGGGUCCUAAGAGAUACCGUGGGUCGUCUAUUAAAAAAUAAUGGGCGGCACAGAGCCGCUGCCUCACAGCGUCAGAGACCCGGGUUCGAUCCUGGUGCUGUCUGUGUUGAGUUUUGCACGUUCUCCCAGUGACCGUGUGGGUUUUCUCCGGGAGCUCCGAUUUCAUCCCACACCCCAAAGACCUGCGUGUUUGUAGGUUCAUUGGCUUCGGUAAAUUGACCAGAGUGUGUAGGGAGUGGAUGAAAAAAAUUGGAUAGCAUAGAACUAGUGUGUGAACUCCAUGGGCCGAAGGUUUUAUUUUCCGUGUUUUUCUUAAGUACUAAGAAUGGGACAGAGUGCUGGAGUAACUCAGCCGGUCAGGCAGCAUCUGGAGAACAUGCAUAGGUAACGUUUCGGGUCGGGAUCUGUUUCAAUGUAUUUAUAAAAUCGACUGUUCUUAAAUACUAUAAAGCAAUAUCCCUCUUCACGCUCAAAUAAAAUAAAAAAAAUACUGCUGUCAGUUUUGAAAUGUGACCAUGUUUAAAAAUAACAGACACACAGCCAUUUCAUAUUUUCUUUUCUCCCGCUACCAUGAACCAUCUAUCUUGCACCGAUGUCUGGAGUGUCACAUGAAAUAUCUGGCGCCGAACAACAGAAGCCUUCUUGAUUGGUUCGGCCGCUUAUAGUAGGAAAGAUACUUCCGCAGCUCAGCUCCUGAUCGGUCAAUUUACCGAGCCCCCUCCCCUCUCUCCGUCAACCUUGGUUGACAGCCACUGCUGCAUCAAUAUAAACCCAGCAGAAUGAAGGUAUGUUGCAGGGAUGCUGGCGAAGCCGGUUCCGGCCAACAGUCCGUCAACUCUUGCUGACAUGCCGGGUCCUAGCGCCGUCCGUUUUGCCUACGAUCUCUUCUUCAAUAAAGGGAUUUCCAGGUUACAUGAGCUGCAGCUUGAGGGCAAAGCGAAGUACGGGCCAGUGUGGAAGGCCCGUUUUGGUCCUAUCCUCACCGUACACAUUGCAGAUCCAGCGUUAAUCGAACAAGUCUUGCGGCAGGAGGGCCAGCACCCAAUCCGAUCGGAUUUGUCGUCUUGGAAAGAUUACAGGCAGCACCGAGGACACGCGUACGGGCUCCUCACUGCGGAGGGCGAGGAGUGGCAGGAACUCCGCAGCACACUCAGCAAGCACAUGCUGAAGCCCAAGCAAGUGGCGGCGUACGACGGUGUCCUUAACAACGUCAUCACUGACCUGGUCCUUCGCCUGCGUCAGCAGAGGGCAAGCAGCAGCCGCCUCCUGGUCAGGGACUUGGCUGGCGAGUUCUACAAGUUUGGAUUGGAAGGUAUCUCCGCGGUGCUUUUUGAGACUCGGAUUGGCUGCCUCAAGACGGACGUUCCCAAAGAAACAGAAGACUUUAUCCAGUCAAUUAACACCAUGUUCCAAAUGACGCUCCUCACCAUGGCCAUGCCCAAGUUCCUGCACAAAAUCUACCCGGGACCCUGGCAGACAUUUGUCGCCUGCUGGGAUUACAUGUUCGCCUUUGCCAAAGGACACAUCGAUAGAAGGAUGGUUGAAGUUCAACACAAGUUAGCAAGAAGCCAACCAGUCGAGGGAACGUACCUGACCUACUUCCUUUCCACCCAGAAGCUCCCGAUGAGAACCAUUUAUGGAAAUGUCACCGAGUUGCUGCUGGCUGGUGUGGACACUAUUUCCAGCACAAUGUCAUGGAGCCUUUACGAGUUGGCCCGGCACCCAGAUAUUCAAGCAGCCCUGCACCGGGAAAUAAGAGAGACGGUUGGCGACAAACCCAUCCCUUCAGCUGCUGACGUGGCAAAGAUUCCGCUUCUGAAAGCUGUUGUGAAGGAAAUACUGAGGCUUUACCCUGUAAUACCAGGUAAUGCCCGUGUGAUUCCAGAUAAGGAUAUCCAAAUUGGAGAAUACAUCAUUCCGCAAAAUACUCUGAUCACUCUGUGUCACUACGCAACCUCACGAGACAAAGAGGUCUUCCCCAACCCUGACUCAUUCCAGCCGAUGCGAUGGCUUCACAAGGACGACAAUUUCCAUCCUUACGCCUCCAUCCCCUUUGGUUUUGGGAAGCGAAGCUGUAUCGGAAGAAGAAUUGCAGAGUUGGAGGUCUACCUGGCUCUGGCAAGAAUCCUGACCCACUUUGAGGUGAGACAGGAGAUCAAAGGCAGCAUCGUAAAACCCAUGACCAGAACUGUGCUGGUGCCAGAGCAGCAGAUCAAUCUUCAGUUUAUUGACAGAUGAACGGGUGUACAGUGAACAGCUCCAGUACCACGAUGAGAGAACCCAAACCCACUGAUCCCAGCUUUAACUCUGGCCAACAAGAUUUUUUCUGGGACUUUACCAAGUGCUGUCUGGAAGUCCUUAAAGCAGCUACAGACAUUCCCCUGGCUCAUCACCACUUCAAAAAAUAACGUUAUCAGCUUUGCCAAAUCUGAACAGCUUGGUGUUCAGUCAAUCACUCCAGACAUGAUUGUGGACCCCAGUAACUUCCCCAACAGUGUAUUGGUCUGCAGUUGUCUGCUUCCCCCCCCCCCCCCCCCCCCCGUCUCCUUAAACAGAGUGAAUGCACAAUUGUCCAACCUGAAGAAAUGUUUCCCAAAUCAAGAGAGCUUUGGAAAAUCAUAGGUCAUUUCCCCAUAGGGUGGAAGAGUCAAGGACUAGAGGGUGUAACUUUAAGGUUAGAGAGGCAAAGUUUUUAGGAGAUGUGGGGGGAUGUCUUUUACAGAGGGUGCCUGGAAUGUGCUGCUUAGAAUGGUGGUGGUGUAGGCAGAUACGAUAGCGGUGUUUAAGUUGCUUUUAGAUAGGCACAUGGAUAUGCAGGGAAUAGAGGGAUAUGGUUCACAUACAGGCAGUGGAGAUUUGUUUAU